ACAACAUUAUGAAGAAGCUAGAAAGUCCAAUUACAAUUCUUCUAAUUCUAAGUAAAAGAAAAUGAAUGUAGAGAAAGUUUUCCACAUGACUGGAGGAGUUGGCAAAACAAGCUAUGCCAACAAUUCUUCACUUCAGAAGAAAGCAUCUGAUAAAGUGAAGCACAUAAUCAUACAAACAGUUGAAGAUCUUUACAUUGAAACAACUCCAAAGAGUAUAGGCAUUGCUGAUUUAGGAUGUUCCUCUGGACCAAACACUUUGUCAAUUAUCAAAGAUAUUUUUCAAGCAAUUCAAUUGACAAGCCAGAAGAUCAUGCAUCAUUCUACUGAGUUUAGAGUCUACUUUAAUGAUCUUCCAACUAAUGACUUCAAUUCAAUAUUCAAAGCCUUGCCUGAAUUCCAAAAAUUGCUUUACCAAGAUAGAAAAAAUGGGUUUCCUUCCAUUUUUAUGGGAGGUUACCCUGGUUCAUUUUAUGGAAGAUUGUUCCCUAAUAGUUACUUGCACUUUGUUCAUUCUUCCCAUAGUUUACACUGGCUUUCAAGGGUUCCUCCAGCAAUCUAUGAUGAGCAGAAAAGGUCAUUGAAUAAGGGUUGUGUUUACAUUUGUGAUAAAAGUCCUGAAAUUGUGUGUCAAGCAUACACUCAGCAAUUUCAAGAAGAUUUUUCCUUGUUCCUAAGAUCAAGAUCUGAAGAAUUAGUUGUUGGUGGGAAAAUGGUGGUGACAUUUCUAGGAAGAAGGGGAAGUGAACAUGUUGAUAGAGGCAAUUCUUUCUUCUGGGAGAUUCUUACUCGUUCAUUUACUAUUCUACUCUCACAGGGAGAAAUAGAAGAAGAGAAGCUUGAUUCAUACGACGUUCAUUUCUACGCACCAUCAAAAGAAGAGAUAGAAGAUGAGGUAAGAAAAGAAGGGUCAUUGAAGUUGGAGAGGUUGGAAAUGUUUGAGAUAGACAAUAACGAACAAGCCAGGGAGAGUUAUGGCACAGAGGUUGCAAAAGCAGUUAGAGCCAUACAAGAAUCAAUGAUUUCUAACCACUUUGGAGAAAGGAUUUUGGAUAGUUUGUUUGAGAAUUAUGCAAUUUUGGUGGAUGAAGAAAUUGCUAAGGAGGAUAUUAAACCCAUCACUUUUGUUCUUGUUCUUAGAAAAAUAUGAAAAUACAAAUAUUCCAAUAUGUACCAUAUGAUGUUUAACUUUCCAUGCAUUUAUGGUAUAUUAGUCCCACUAAUUAGUCCCAUAUGUAAUUGUGCAAAAAUUAAUUAGUGUUCAUUUAUCCUACUAUUGGCCUAUUUCAAUAAUGUUUAACUGGGGAGUUUUUAAA